AUGGCCAGCAACGAGCACUCGCCCUCCACCCCCCUCGGCUCCGAGAGCAGCUUCUCCCUCGAUGGCUUCCCACCGGAGAAGAGCUCCCCCGGAGAGGAGCCGGGCACCGAGCCCCCCCGGCCGCCCCGCAGCUGCUCGGCCAGCAAGAAGCUGGUGCAGGCAGCGCAGCGCAGCAAGAGGCAGCGGGUGCCUGGGCGCUGCCCGCGACAGCUUGGCCGACACAGCACCAGCGCGGCUGACCUGCGGGCCGAGCCGGUGUGGGACCCCCGGGAUCCGGAGGAGCCCAGCGUGGAGGAUGCCGAGGGAUCGGUGCGUGCCGGGGAAGGGGUGGCUGCGGCUCGGGGGGCUCGGCUGCCCGGCAGCCCUCGAGGCCCUGCUCGCCCGCAGGCCGUGCCGGAGGCCGUGCUGCCCGUGCCGGGGCAGGGGCUGCGGUACCUGGAGCACGUCUGCCAGAUGCUGGAGCGCCUGGCCCGGCUGCAGCAGGACAACCAGCUCCUCCGGCAGCAGGCGGCGGAUGCCCGGCGCACCCGCCUUGACACCGCGCCCACCCGGGAGCCGUCGAGGCAGGAUCCGGCCGUGUGGAGGGGCGAGCGGUUCCGGCCGCGCUCCUGCUCGGACAGCCAUGCUCCAGCACCCGACCCUGGGCCAUGCCAGAGGACGUGGGGGCACUCGGCCAGCUCCCCCAGCCUGCUGGACCCCUCCGAGAGCGGGGCGGGCGCUGCGACGCCGGACAAGGUAGAGGCCGGGGGACGGCGGGGCGAGGCGGGCAGGGGUCCCGCAGCAGCGUAUCCCGAGACCCCCGGCACCGCUCCCACCCGUGGCACCCCUGGGCAGCAGCAGGGCAUCCUCGGAGCCCGGCGCCUGCUCCAGCCUCACCGCAUCCCGCUCCUCCUUCCCUGGAAAGCACCUUCUGUGACACCGGGGAGAUGCUACAGCAGCGUUCGGCUGCCCCGUGGCUUCUCCCACCUCUGGCUGGACGCCUUCCCCCCCCCGGCCCCCUCACCAGCGGUACCCAGCCGCAUCCCGGUGGCUGACCCCGAGGAGGAUGCUGAGGCCGCUCUGGAUGAUGCCGAUUCUGCUUUCAGGGCCGAAGCAAUGGCCCCGGUGCCCCUGGAUCAUCUGGAGCAAGGGAAGGCUCCCGAGCACCCAACAAAGCAAACUGAGGUGCGGACCCAGGCGUGUGCUGGACUCGGCAGUGCUGCCUCCUUCCCAGCAGCGGGAAAGGUCCAGCUCCCUGCUUUCUGCUGGGAUUCGGAUUCCUGGGCCACCCCUGAGUGCCAUUCCCCACCGUGCCGCAGGGUCUGGUUUGCCGAGUGCAGGUACCGGUGGGAGGUGGUGGUGAUUUUCCUGCUGGACUUUGGGCAGGACUCCCUGGAGGAGUGGGAAGCCUCGUGCCAGCCCAAGGCGGAGAAGGGACCCUCGCUGCCUCCAUUGCCGGAGGAGAAGCCUGCCAUGGUGAAGCUUUGCUGCGUGGCCGUGAUGGUGGCCGAGUUCUUCCAGGAGAUGCUGGAGUGGGAUUUUGGCUACAAGCACUACAAGACGCUGCUGGCCUUGCCGGGGAAGGAAGAGCCGCUGGAGACCAGGAACCUGGAGCCAAGAAAGGGCUGCCGAAACGGCAGAGGAGGAGCCUUCGUGUACUUCCAUGGCUAUCUGGAGGAGCUCCUUGGAAACCUCCCUCUGCUGCCUCCUGCCCUGGCCCAGGUCUCCCACAAGGUCACGGUGCUCAACCUGGGGAAGCAGCUGGAGAAAGCGGAGCAGCCAGCUCUACCUGGAGAGCAAAAUCCACACGUUGAGGUCAAGCUGGACUAA